AUGCGCGAAAUCCCCGGAGACCACGGUCUCCCUUUGAUCGGACCCAUCAAAGACCGUCUCGACUUUUUCUACAACCAAGGGCGCGACCUCUUUUUCCAAUCCCGGGCCCGAAAGUACAACUCCACCGUGUUCCGUGCCAACAUGCCACCAGGCCCCUUCAUCACCUCCAACCCAAAAGUCAUCGUUUUGCUCGAUGCCAAAAGCUUCCCCGUCCUCUUCGACGUAACAAAAGUCGAAAAACGUGACGUCUUUACCGGCACCUUCAUGCCUUCAACCCAACUAACCGGCGGUUACCGAAUCCUCUCCUACCUCGACCCCUCCGAACCCAGACACGACCAACUCAAACGUCUCAUCUUCUUUCUUCUCCAAUCCCGAAGCAGCCACGUCAUCCCCGAGUUUCAUUCAAGCUACACAACCCUCUUCCAGACCCUGGAGAAAGAGCUGGCUUACAAAGGAAAAGCUAGUUUCGGAGACGCCAACGACCAAGCAGCGUUUAACUUCCUCACUCGCGCGCUUUUUGGCACUAACCCCUCCGACACCAGCCUCGGAAGCGACGGCCCAAGUAUAAUACAAAAAUGGCUUCUGUUCCAGAUAGGCCCAAUAAUGGUACUGGGCCUGCCAAAAUUCCUGGAAGAUCCCACCCUCCACACCUUCCGUAUCCCUGCUUUUCUGAUAAAAAAAGACUACCGGAGGCUCUACGAUUUCUUCUACCACGCCUCUGGGUCUGUACUUGACGAAGCGGUGCGUUUUGGUAUCCCCAAAGAAGAAGCGUGCCACAACCUGAUAUUCGCCACGUGCUUUAACUCCUUUGGCGGAAUGAAGAUUUUCUUCCCCAGCAUGCUGAAGUGGAUUGCAAGUGCGGGGGUGAAACUUCAUGCUCUGCUGGCGGAGGAGGUGAGGGAAGCCGUUAAUUCUAACGACGGGAAGGUGACAAUGGCGGCGAUGGAAAAGAUGCCGCUGAUGAAGUCGGUGGUGUACGAGGCGUUUCGGAUUGCACCGCCGGUGCCGCUGCAGUACGGGAAGGCGAAGAGGAACUUGGUGAUCGAGAGCCACGAUAAUGCGUUUCUGGUGAAGGAAGGGGAGAUGCUGUUUGGGUUUCAGCCGUUUGCGACCAAGGAUCCGAAGAUAUUUGAGCGUGCGGAGGAGUUUGUGCCUGAUCGGUUCGUGGGCGAGGGAGAGAAGCUGCUGAAACACGUGCUUUGGUCGAAUGGUCCUGAGACGGAGAACCCCACCCUUGGGAACAAGCAAUGUGCUGGGAAGGAUUUUGUGGUGUUGUUUUCCCGGCUUCUGGUUGUGGAGCUGUUUCUUCGUUAUGAUUCCUUCGAUGUUGAAGUGGGAAACUCCCCCUUGGGAGGUGCUUCCGUCACCUUCACCUCCCUCCACAAAGCAAGCUUUUAG